CGGUUUACCAAUAACGAUAGAUAACUCCGACCCAUACCGGAGCCCCGGGUUUCCCAAAAGGCUCCGAAAACAAUUUGUACGCAAACGCAAUCCAUCUUCUUGUUCAUUCUAAUAACAAAAAUCUCUCUGUAAUUUAAUUAAUCUCUCAUUUUCUCAAGGUGACAUUGAUAAUAGAAAGUAAAACUGGAUCAGUUAAGGACCACAUGGAUGCGUGAUCGCCGCUUUGGUUUGAAUCAUAAAGUCCAGUUUGUGCCCAAUCGUUUUCUCGAAGGAUCUUCUGCUUGAAAAGCUGUUCUUGAAGGGUCUUCGAGAAAUAGAGGACCCUUCAAGCAGAAUUUUUGGUUUAGUUCGAAGCCGUUAGCCACAGUGAGAUAAGUUUUGUCGUAUAGGCGGUGGGUAUAAUUGUUCUCGAUUUGCUGAACAUGCCAGCUGUACAAAAGCUUUAUAACGCUUGUAAAGCAUCACUUUCACCUAACGGACCGGUUUCAGAAGAUGCUCUCGACAAAGUCCGUUCCCUAUUGGAUAAAAUCAAGCCCUCUGAUGUCGGUCUUGAGCAAGAAGCACAACUUGUACGGAGUUGGAAUGGUACUCUGCUCGAGCACAAUGGGGGACCCCGGUCACCGCCAGCAAUCAAAUACCUGCACUUACAUGAAUGCGACAGUUUCUCUAUGGGGAUAUUUUGCAUGCCACCUUCCUCUAUCAUACCUCUACACAAUCACCCUGGGAUGACUGUUUUAAGUAAGCUGGUAUAUGGUUCCUUUCACGUGAAAGCCUAUGAUUGGAUCAAUAUUCCAGGUCCUUCGAUUCCAUCGGAAGGUACAAGACCGGCAAAGCUUGUUAAAGACUGUGACAUGACUGCUCCGUGUGGGACGACUACUCUGUAUCCUACUUUUGGAGGCAACAUCCAUUGUUUCAAAGCCAUAACUCCUUGUGCUAUUUUUGACAUCCUUUCUCCACCUUACUCCUCUGAGGAUGGACGGCAUUGCACUUAUUUCCGGAGGUCUCCCGUAGGGGAUCUACCAGGUGAGCUCGAGGUGGAUGGAGUGACAUUCUCAGAUGUGACUUGGUUGGAAGAGAUUCAGCCUCCUGACGACUUUGUGGUCCGUAGAGGGCAAUAUAAGGGCCGUGUCAUCAAAACUUGAGAUGUUCCAUUUUUGGUUCUGUCCCAACUUUUAUAAUGCAUUUAGGUGAAUCAGUAAUGUGUCAACCGGUCUGAGAAUAAUGAUUUUUAUUGGUGAGAAAAUAGGGGCAUUUGAUAUAUAAAUAUCAUUAUAUACCAUACACUAAUUUACUGACCU